CCCAUCUCACCGAGACACUAUCAGACAACCACUAUACUGUCAGCUGAAUCAAACUGUGGUUCCUCAGAGGGUUUUUUCUCAUAUUUUCAACAUGAUUUUUCAGAUUCUAUUUGAUUCUAUGGAUUUUACUAGUUGGCUGCUGUUUGGUUUUGCAUUGCUGCUUUUGAUUGAUGUGGUGAGAAACUGGAGACCUCGCAGCUUUCCUCCAGGACCCUGGGCUAUGCCUUUUCUUGGAAAUAUCUCCACUCCGCUUGACUUCAAAACAAUGGAGAAGCUGAGUCAAGAGUACGGCCCUGUGUUCAGCUUGAGGAAAGGCAGUGAGAAGAUGGUGUUUGUUUCAGGAUACAAGAUGAUCAAAGAGGCCCUUGUCAACCAGCUCGACAGUUUCACUGAUCGACCAAUUGUCCCUCUCUUCCACGUUAUCUUCAAAGGCAUUGGUAUAGCUCUGAGCAAUGGUUAUCUGUGGAAGAAGCAGAGGAAGUUUGCCAACGCUCACCUGCGAUACUUUGGAGAGGGCAAGAAGUCACUGGAGAAAUACACUGAAGUGGAGAGUAACUUCCUCUGUGAGGCCUUUGCAGAUGAGCAAGGAAAGCCAUUCAACCCCCACUACACCUUAACAAAUGCAGUGAGCAAUAUCAUCUCCUCUGUGGUCUUUGGACAUCGCUUUGAAUACAGCGAUUCGACCUUCCGUAAGGUUCUAGAGUUGGACAACGAAGCCGUUCUUCUGAUGGGUUCAGCUCAGACUCAGCUGUAUGAUGCCUUCCCUAGCUUGUUUAAUUAUCUGCCAGGACCGCACCAGACCGUCCUUGCCAACUACAGGGACAUCGUAGAUUUUUUGAAGAAGCAAAUACAAAAACAUCAGGAGGAGUGGAACCCAGACGACCCUCGUGAUUAUAUCGAUGUGUACCUGGCAGAGAUGGAGAAGAAUGAACAGGAUCCCCAGGCUGGCUUCAACCUGGAAACGCUGGCGGUUUGCACCCUCGACCUGAUCGAGGCUGGAACAGAAACGGUGGCCACAACUUUACGUUGGGCCCUCGUACACAUGAUAAACUACCCAGACAUACAGGAAAAAGUCCAGGCGGAGAUAGACAGAGUGAUUGGACAGUCUCGUCAGCCCACACUGGCCGACAGACCCAACCUGCCCUACACUGAUGCUGUCAUCCAUGAGAGCCAAAGGUUAGGAAACGUCGUUCCUAUGGGAUUCCCAAAAAUGGCCAGUAAAGACAGUACCCUGGGAGGAUACUUCAUUCCUAAGGGCACAUCUGUUACUACGAUACUGUCGUCUGCACUGUUUGAUAAGAAUGAGUGGGCGACUCCAGAUGUAUUCAAUCCCGAGCAUUUCUUGGAUUCAAAGGGCCAGUUCCUUAGAAAAGAUGCCUUCAUACCAUUUUCAGCAGGUAAACGUGUGUGUAUCGGGGAACGUCUGGCCAGAAUGGAGUUAUUCCUUUUCUUUACGUCUCUCCUCCAACGCUUCACCCUCUCUGCUGCUCCUGGAGAAAUGCCCAGUUUGGAGGGUGUGAUGGGCUUCACUUAUUCCCCCGAAGACUUCAGGAUGCUGGCUGUGCCUCGAUUGGAGUUGUGCAUUUCCAUGAGGUCACUGAGGAAAGUUCAGAGGCGCCAUCUAACCAUGUGGCUCUUUAAUUUUUUGCUAAGUUUUGACCUGAAGGGACUAUUCCUGUUUAUUCUUCUGUUUAUUCUAAUAGCAGACUACCUUAAAAACAGGAGUCCACCUAAUUUUCCUCCAGGACCACGGGGUCUACCCAUCGUGGGGAAUGUCUUGAGUGUGGAUGGCAAACACCCACACAAAUAUUUCACCAAGCUGGCUGAAACCUACGGGAAUGUGUACAGUGUCCGCAUGCGUGGUGACAGGAUAGUGUUUGUGUGUGGGUACAAGAUGCUGAAGGAAGCCAUCAUAACACAAGCUGAAAGCUUCGUGGAUCGACCAUACAGUGCGAUGUUUGAAAGGUUUUACUUAGGAGCAUCAGGUGGUCUGUUUGUGAGCAACGGUGAAACAUGGAGGAAACAGCGACGCUUUGCUUUGUCAACCUUACGUACCUUUGGAAUGGGCAAAAACAUCACAGAACAGUGUAUCUGUGAGGAGCUCCGACACCUGCAGGGGGAAAUGGAGAAGGAAAAAGGCCGACCUUUCAACCCAGCAACCCUCUUCAACAAUGCUGUAUCCAACAUUAUCUGCCAGAUGGUGAUGGGGAGAAGGUUUGACUACAAUGACCACAACUUCCAGAUCAUGCUGAAGCAUCUGGCUGAGAUUCUUCGCUUGGAGGGCUCCAUAUGGGCUCUACUCUAUGAUUCCUUCCCCAGACUGAUGAAGCACCUGCCAGGUCCUCACAACCAGCUCUUCAGCCAUCAUGUCACAGUCCAAGACUUCUUUAAAAAGGAGGUGGACAGGCACAAGAAGGACCUGGACCGCAACAAUCCUCGAGACUACAUCGAUGCUUUCCUUACUGAGAUGGAGAACUACAAAGAGGGUGAACUGGGAUUCACCGACACAAAUCUGGCUCUGUGCUCUAUGGAUCUGUUCCUGGCUGGAACAGAAACUUCUGCCACCACUAUGCUGUGGGCUUUGGUUUACCUCAUGAAAUACCCUGAGAUCCAGGAGAAAGUCCAGGCUGAGAUAGACAGAGUGAUCGGACAGAACCGCCAGCCCUCCAUGGCUGACAGACCAAACAUGCCCUACACUGAUGCUGUCAUCCACGAAGUUCAGAGGAUGGGAAAUAUUGUUCCGCUCAAUGGAGGAAGGAUGUCUUGCAAGGAUACAACACUGGGUGGUUACUUCAUUCCAAAGGGUACGUCCUUGAUGCCAUUCCUGACCUCUGUGCUGUUUGACAAGAACGAAUGGGAGACUCCAGACACCUUCAAUCCAGGACACUUCCUAGAUGCUGGAGGGAAGUUUGUGAAGAGAGAAGCCUUCCUGCCUUUCUCUGCAGGGAAGCGUGUGUGUCUUGGAGAAGGCCUCGCCAAGAUAGAACUGUUUCUUUUUAUGGUGGGUUUACUGCAGAAGUUCUCUUUUUCUGUUCCUGAUGGAGAUGAGCUGACUACAGAAGGCAUUACUGGAACUACUCGUGUACCUGUUCCCUUCAAAGUUUGUGCAAAGGCCCGCUGAAUUAUGCAGCAUCUAACAGAACCGUUCUCCAAUUAAAUGACGCAUAGCUGAGGAAAUGCUUUAGGAGAUAAAAAUGUGAUUACUUUUCAGUCAGAGAUUUUUAUCCCUGUGUGAUUGAACCUGUUCAUUCUCUCCCUCUAAAACAAAUUCUCUGUCACAAAGUUAUUUCCACACAACAAUAUUCUUGUAUUAUAAUCCCUAUUGCCAAAAUUUAAAUCAAGAUUUUGUAAACGGUCACACUGAAAAAUUAUAAUAAAGCUGUACUGUUUUUUUUUAAUCAAUCAGUUAUGUGACUGAGUAGGCCAUUUGUUUACAGUGAACACCCAUUUGAAAACAUCUGUUAAUGACUAAUAAAUGAUUUGAUGAUUUAUGUCAUAAA